GAUUUUUGGGGGGUAAUUUCUUGUUCUUCCAAGUCUUUCAUUAAACUCCAAUGGGGGAGUUUCAAGAGGAAAACACCAUGAUUCAACUUUGGGAGUUAUGAGAGAGAGAGAGAGAGAGAGAUGAAGUGAGCAUUCAAAAGGGAAGAAUUUCCUAUUAAAAACAAGAGAGGGAGAUGAAGUGCUUCCUGAUUUAUAGAGAGGUGAGCAAGUUGAAGUGCUUACUGCUUUUUUGAGAGAGAGAGAGAGAAACUUCAAAUACUUCCUGGUUGAGAUUGAGAGAGAGAGAGAGUUGAAUUGCCUCCUGAGAGAGAAGAGAAAGAGAGAGAGAGAUGGAGAGGAUGGUGGUUGGAGUGGGAUCGAGUGGAUCGUCAAAGGAGUACAGUGGGAAGAUGACUCCAUUUGUGCUAUUUGCAUGCAUGGUGGCGGCCACAGGAGGUCUCAUCUUCGGUUAUGACAUCGGAAUUUCAGGGGGUGUUACUUCUAUGGGGCCUUUCCUUGAGAAGUUCUUCCCAGAAGUAUACAGAAGGAUGCAAGAGGAUUCAACCAGAAGCAAUUACUGUAAAUUUGAUAGCGAACUCUUGACUUCUUUCACUUCUUCACUGUACAUUGCUGGACUCGUCUCCUCUUUCUUUGCGUCAUCUGUUACGCGUGUGUGUGGUCGCAAGCCUUCUAUCCUGAUUGGUGGUGCUGCAUUUCUUGCCGGUUCAGCGCUUGGGGGUGCCGCCAUGAACAUUUAUAUGCUCAUAUUCGGGCGUGUUUUGCUAGGGAUUGGGGUUGGAUUCGCAAACCAGGCUGUCCCACUAUACUUGUCAGAGAUGGCCCCAGCUCCAUAUCGAGGAGCCAUAAACAAUGGCUUCCAAUUCUGUGUUGGAGUUGGUGUUCUUGCUGCAAAUCUCAUUAACUAUGGCACCGAGAAGAUAUCUGGUGGAUGGGGGUGGCGAGUCUCCCUAGCCUUGGCCGCUGUUCCCGCUUCCAUUCUCACUUUAGGCUCACUACUCCUCCCCGACACCCCCAAUAGCUUGAUUGAGAGGGAGGCCUCUCACAAUAAGGCAAAAAUGAUGCUCCAAAGGAUCAGAGGAACCACAAAUAUACACGACGAGUUUGAAGAUCUCAUCCAAGCAAGCAAAAUCUCAAAGAGCAUUUCUCAUCCAUUCAAGGACUUACUGAAGAAGAGAUACCGGCCCCAAUUGGUCAUGUCAAUUGCUAUACCAUUCUUCCAACAAGUUACUGGCAUCAAUGUGAUUUCAUUCUAUGCACCCCUUCUUUUUCGAACAAUUGGGUUUGGAGAGAGCGCCUCUCUUAUGUCUGCAGUGGUCACAGGGCUUGUUGGGACCAUCUCAACAUUCAUUUCAAUGCUAACAGUGGAUCGUUUUGGUCGGCGUACAUUGUUCUUGGUAGGUGGGGCUCAAAUGUUUGUGGCUCAAAUGAUUGUAGGUGGGGUGAUAGGGGCUAAACUUGGCGACCAUGGAGAAGGGUUGAGCACAGAUUGGUCUUAUUUUGUUUUAGUGAUGAUAGGUUUCUAUGUAGCCGGGUUCGCGUGGUCAUGGGGCCCACUUGGGUGGUUAGUCCCUAGUGAGAUAUUCCCUUUAGAGAUCAGAUCGGCAUGUCAGAGCAUCAAUGUGGCGGUGAACUUCUUGUUCACAUUUAUAGUUGCACAAACAUUUUUGGCGAUGCUUUGUAGUUUUAAGUUCGGGAUCUUCUUCUUUUUUGGGGGUUGGGUGAUGGUGAUGACUUUGUUUGUAUACUUGUUCUUGCCCGAGACAAAGAAUGUGCCAAUAGAGCUAAUGGAUCGGGUGUGGAGAGAGCACUGGUUUUGGGGGGAUAUGGUCAAGGAGUCCAAGGCCGGUGCUGUUGAUCUCGAAUGAUUCCACAAUUGAUGUCGUAGACAAGAUCAAUGCCACGAGGAAGAAAGAGUAGGGUGUAUUGAAGAAGCUAACCUUUACACAACUGCUGAACGAUUGGUGCUAGCAUGAGGUUGAAUGUGUCAUACAAGAUCCAUGCAUGUUGUCUAUGUCCUUCAUGAAUAAGGUUACUUGAGCUGAAAGUUUUAAAAAUAAGAAAAUAAAGAAAAAAAAGACUUUUAUAUCGGUUGAAGAAGCUCAAAGCUUCGGCAGAAUCAUCCCAAAGAUGACCAAAGUGGCAGCACCAAGUUUUGCUUCAGUCUAGGCCUAAAAUCCGAAGGCUUCGACCAAAGCGAAGCUAACAAAGCUACUAUUGAAAAUGUGAAAUACUCUUUCUCUCAAUUAUUGAGGUCAAAAGCUUAGAUCUCUCUCUCAAUUAUUGAGGUCAAAAUCUUAGAUCUCUCUCUAGCUUGUAUGCAUACAAUAUGCACAGAAUCGUCACGUAAGCAUAUCCCACAGGAAGUCAAGCAAGUGAAAAUGAAGUAUGUGGACAUCUGCUCUGCUA